GAUUCACCUUUUCAACAUUCUUCAACGCGUCGCGACCGAACACGCGAGCAUGGUACUAGCCACCAGAAUUAUCCUCCAAGAUCUUGAAAGACGCGACUCCACCUUUGUUCGAUGACUUCGGGCACUUCUCUUCAAACCUUUGGAGCUUCAUAAGACGCAAUAAACUUCUCAAUUCCGGCAUUGCGGCUAGCAAGCAAUCGCAAUGUCGGCUCCAACUGGGACACCUCCAAGCCUUUCUCCCUGGCAGAAUACACAACCUCAAGAGCCUCCAAUGGCUCCAAGCAAUGGGGAUAAUGAAGAAGGAGUAUCAGUCAGACCUAUGAGGCUCAAGGUUCUUUACACGUUCGACGACCAGAACAAGACGAAUUGUUUGGCACGAUGGCCCCAUGUGUUACAGAUACAGACUGUCGCUAUGGACGAGACUACAACUAUUGGUGUGAUCGAGUUGAAGACCUGCAUAAACGCCAUUGUGCAGUGCAGCCCAGAACUUGUUGCCCGACUGAGUCCAGAUUAUACGGUUUACGCAUACGACUACUCCGAAUAUGAUAACCCGCUCGUAGGACAAGGAAUGCUAUCGUGGGCACUGGCUACUGCUUCCCCGACUCCCGAUGCUCCGGCACAUCAGUCACGGCAGCUUAUCACUGGCCGAGUCUGCAAGAAUAUCAUGGGUCUGUUCACAAAUGGAGUAAAGGAAACACUGGAGGUCAAGCUCAGACUUGUCCCUGUACCAACAGUCUUACAAAGUGAAUACCUGAGCACAAUGGAGAAGUACAGAGAGUUGAGCAAGGUCUUGCCUCCUGGAUUUGACCCGAACGAAUGGACAUCUUUCCUUCAAUCGAAUCCGGGCAUCGGCCAGAUGACAAACAAGCCCUCGCCAGUUCCUCAGCCUCUUCCCAACAACAAUCAACGUGAUGGAGUCAGUAUGGAAGUAAUGAAUCAGUUGUUGAGCCCCAGCAUGCAACAGCAGACCGCAAUGGACCCCUUCAACCCGACGAAGGUGCCAGAAAACCCAGGAAGUGAUGUACCAUGCAACACAACGACGGCCACAGGGAAGAAUAAGGCUAAUUCUCGGCCCAAUUCGAGGGCGUCUGUAAAGAGACCUAGAGCGCCUCGGAAACCCAAGGUUGCGCAGAAUGCUGGUGGAAAUACAUCUGGGUACGAGGAAGGGACGGAUGGAGACGAAGGUCCAGCUCCCAAGAAGAGAGCUAAAGUUACUAAAGCAGACUGGAACAGCAACACAUCGUUGGGCGCAGGAUCAGAUUCUCUACGAGUUGCAGCAAGCACCUCCGGCUCACUACGACUCUUCCGUCCAAUUGCCAUGAAUCCCAACCAAACUGUAGGCCCAAAUCAUCUCCAGGAGUUGCCACGAGCGCCUACUCCGGUGCCUAGGAAGCCGAGUAUCAAGACCACCGCUCCUGCGGACAGCAGUGUACGACGAGACUCCUUCAACCAGAUGUUAGGCAACGGUCGACCACACAUCUCUCCUUAUCCGACCCUCCCAAGGCCGGAAGACCAAAUUAUGUUCUCUAUCGAGUCGGCUCAGCCUUCCCCAGAACGAAAUAUGAGUCCAGCUCCCACCCCGCCCGAAAUCGGCUCGUCACCUCCACUGAUGAGAACACGACCAGGCACGCCCAUGCGGUCAAGUCCACCCGUCCUGUCAAGUCCGGUCCUACCACAAAUGCCAAGAACAGACUCUGGCUUCAUGAGCGGCUCUUUAGAAGAUCUAUUUGGUGACGACGACAAUUUGUUGUGCGGGGGAAUCGAGGAUGAGGUCGACAUGAUCCCAACCCAACCUCCUCAAGACCAGCGAUCUCCUAUUGAACAGCCGUAUAUUGAGUUCAAUAUUCAAGAGGUUAUGCCCGGCCCAGUUGAACUUCUGCCAACCAGGAUGCCUAUCAUCGAUCCACCACGUCAAGCAGAGUCUAGAGCCAAAUCUAAAGCAGCUACGUCUCGUGCUGGCAGUGUCAUGUCAGAAGACGGUCAAGUCCUUCCGCCAUUAAAGAAGACAAACCGAACAGCUUCCAGGACAAACUCUAUGAGCUAUCCUGGCAUAGUGGCCCCAGUACAGCAGCAAGCAACUCCCGAAGUGCCUGGCAAUGUGGCGCGUCGUUCGUCUGAGCCCCAACAGUCGACGUCUCAACCUCCAGAAAUGCAGCAACCUACUGUGUCCACUGUUGCCCCGAAUUCUCGGCCUGGCUCUAGAAUGAUGGCACGUACUGCAUCGUUAGGAUCGCUCACUUUCCCCCAGAUUCCUGCCAGUGAUCCAGCUUUGCCACCUUCCAGCCUCCAAAGAUCCCAGACAUGGUCAGAAGCUCCUCAUCCAGCUACUGAGGCGCCUAUACCUCCAGCGGAGAUGUCCUACCAACCGCCACAGCAAGAUUUGCAGUCUACAAGACCAGGUGUACCAUUUAGCCGAACAAUGCAAGCAAAGCGAGAUUCGAUCAAAAAUAAGCUUGAGAAUGCAGUUGCAAAUGGAGAAAUGCCUCCGUAUUGUAGUAACUGUGGCGCUAUUGACACUCCUACUUGGCGAAAAGCUUGGUCGAAGCAUAUGUUGGGCCGGCCCGGAUACUACGAGUACUCUGACGACCCAGGUCGUGUCACCGCUAUCAAUAUUUUGACUCGGGAUGACAAUGGCGAACCCACUUCGUACCAGCUGAUCAAGAAGUUCUUAGCAGAAGGCGAAAAUAUGGCCGAGUUCACGGAGUUUUUACUCUGCAAUCCUUGUGGAAUUUGGAUGUCCAAAUACAAGACUCAGCGACCAGAAAAUCGAUGGGAGAGCAAUGGGCCACAAGAGAGAGCCAAAGGUGGAGAGAGAAAGAAACCACAGCAACGACCAAGGGCAAAGAAAUCUCAGCCUUCCAGUGUUAUGCUCCCGACUUCGGAAGCAAAUUUCCCCCCAUCAGAGGCUUAUUUCCCUCAAUCUGAAGCGAACUUCCCUCAGUCGGAAGGAUAUCCUCCUCAAUUUGACGGAAUGGGACCUCCAGAAGGCAUCUCUCCUAAUGAAAUUAACAGAGCAACUCAAAACCAACAACCACAAGGAGCGACAAUCGAAGAGCAACGAAAGCGUUCAGGUAGCGGGCGUCCCAAGAAACGCCUAAAUGCUAUGACUUCUGAUGCAGCAUCAGCCGCGUUGAGGCGGGCCAUUCAAUCUAGUCCAGCUCGGUGGGCGGGAACACAGCACAGUCCGAUCGAGGUUGAAGAGGAGGAACUAGGAUCUACACGCAGAUUGCUCUUCCCUUCACCAAGAAAGGAUGGUUCCCCUAAAGUGUUGGGAGAGGUGGUAGCCAAUGUUGUCACCAUCGCUACCGAGUUCCGGUCGCCGAAAGGGAGCAUGAUUGAGUCUCAGAAUAAGGAGAAUUGCCCGCCUGCCAUUGACGCAGAUGCUAUGGAUGCCGAUCUGAUGAAGCUCUUCGAAGAGGAAUUGGCAAAAGGAGACGAUGCUCGACCUACUACACCAGUCCAGAAGUCACCGGCUGCGAAUCCUUUCAAAACACCAACGAGACCUACUCCUAGCCACCGGCCCAUCACGCGAAGCGUCUCUCGAUCGAUCAGAUCCAACAAAUCGCCAGGGCAGUCGCUCGCAUUCAAUCAAACACCAACACGAACACCGGGCACUGCUGGACGACGUCGCUCACCACGGAAUCACGAUGACUCGAUAUUCGAGUCUCCUUUCACGGCGACACUUAAUCAAAUGAUGUCUGAAGCCAAUAAUCAACCGUCGCCUACACGACAUGGCGUGGAGUUUGAUUUCAGCAACUUGGCCAACCUGCCAGAAUUGCCAAAUAUGGCGCCGAAUCAUAACUACGAUAUGAAUUUCAAUAUCGAAGACCUCUUCUCCACUGAUGCUCCUAUGCCAAGUUCUCCAAGGACGUUCAACCUGUACGAAGAUCCGUUGACCAGAGGUGGUGGUGGAAGCAACAUCAAUUGGGAUGAAUUCGGCCGUUUCGGUCCGCAGGAGGUCUCACCUGAGAUCAAGGUCAAAGAGGAGCCUAUGGAGUCCCCGAGCAAGUUGGGUGACAAGGAUGCGAGCAACGAACCGUCAACCUGAACGUUGCCAUAUUUUCUUUAUGUUGUAUAUUUUUGCAUAGCGUGGUGUUGGAUUAUUGUCAGGAUACAUGGGCAUUUUCUGCAUGGAGAUGGCGUUUGAUUAGCAUUUUCGAGAGGAGCAGCAUGAUUGCAUUGCUAAAGCAUACAAUUGCCAAUCCUUAGCGUACGACAGUACUGUUUAACGAGCUCAAUGACUAUUCGAUAUGUAAAAGAAUCAC